AUUUGAAAAAAUUAAUUAUUUGAGUGAAUUUUGACCAUUUCGUGAGAAGAUUUAAAUCUUCUUUAAUUAAGUUAUCAAGUGAGAUAUUUUUGCAAAACUUGGAAAUUUGAAAAAUAAGUGAUAUCCAAGUGGUUAGAAAAAAUGCAUUUAAAUUGAUCUUAGUGUACAUGAUUUAGGAACUAUUCUUGUGGGAAUUAUAAGCAUAUAUCAGGAUGCCCAUUGGGAGCAAUCCUCCUGUGCGUGCUGCAGGCAGACCGCCAUGGGUUAGAGAUGGGCCAAAGCCAAUACCGGUGCCAGCUGCACCAUGGACAUUAAAUAGACGAGGACAACAACAGCAAGGAGAAGAUGGUCAGACAUCUCAAGCAGCAGCUCAACCGUCACAGACGACGCCCAGAAAAACUACACAGAUUACAAUACAACCUGCUGAGAACGGAGCACCAAAACAGGCUAAACUACAAUCUCGUGAAGUAAAGGUGCCUAUAGUAACCGAAAAACCCGCGACUAAAAUAACGACGUCAGUCAGAAAGAAAUCGAACGAUGAACCACCUCCAGCAGCAAAGAAGGUCGAAGCUACACCAGAACCGCCAAAACCUAAAGUUGAAAGUAAAAUCAGGACACAAAAUAGGCAGAUACAAGAUAAAGAAGAAGCUAGGGAGACAUUAGAGAAAGUAAUUCCGGUGCAGAGGGUUAAAAGUUUAGCAAAACAGGAUAGUAUUAAAGGUCCACCAAUAGGCCCGCCAUUGCCACCUCCUCCACCACCGCCGCCUCCAAAUGCACCACCACCAGAUUUUAAGAAAAAACCAAUAACAGAACAACAAGCUAAAAGAUUGCAAGCCCUUAGAUCAAGGCCCAGGAAGCGUCCAGAUUGGACAGACAUGAUGAAAGAAGUUGAAAGUGGCCGCAAAUUGAAGCAUGUCGAAUGUAACGACAGAUCCGGACCAAUACUUUCCAAAUCAAUGUUGUUUAAAGCAAAGGGCUCGUUUGUAUACGAGUCAGAAAAGGACAAUGUUCACAAUAAACUGCUUAAACAAAUUCAAUUUGGUGUUCCGCUUAAGAAAGUUAAAUGCAACGAUAGAAGUAAACCAAUCCUUGAUGGGCUCAGGAAGUUCAGGAGGCAGAUGACCAUAGAAGAACAAAUUCAAAAAUCGCAAAGUCAGGCAAAUUUGUCAGAGCCCCCUGUAGAAGAAGAUGAAGUUGACGAAAUGGAUGAUAUUGAUAAAGUUCGAGAUGAUCUUCAAAGUACAAAACAACUCUUAGCAUUAGAAUUAAGAAAUAAAGAAGCUCAAGUGCGAGAAAAUAAGCGUCUUUUAGCACGUAUACAAAAUUUAGAAGCCGAACUAGAAUUGGAAAGAGCUAGGGUGGCUCCUCAAGAAGUUAAAACAGCAGGUUCUGCACCAGAUGAAACUCUUAUUAAGGCUCUUAAGAAUGAGGCAAGUGCAGCAAGGAAGCAUGCAGAAGAUUUGGAGACUAAAUAUCAAAAGGCUGCAGAGAUGUUAGACAACGCCAAGAGCAAUUUAGAAGAACAGAAGAAACAAAAUGCACUCUUAGAGAAAAAAUUACAACAAGCUCUUCAGGGUUGUCAGCGCUUAAUUAAGGAGGAGAUUCCAAAACGCAGAGUUUAUGAUUUUGAACCUGAUAGCGAUAUGGAUUCAAAGAAUGAUACACGAAGGGCAAGCGAAGCACCAAAUGCACAAGAGCCAGAAGAAGAAGAGGAAGAAGUGAUAUCAGAAACAGAAUCAGAUAGUGAUGAUGAUGAAGAAACUCGUAAGGAAAAGGCAGCUAAGAGAUUACAGAGAGAGAUCAAGAUGUUAAGUACCAAACUAAGGAAUUAUAAAGAUAAGCAAGUUGUGGCCAAAAAGGAGCGUAAGGCACUUAAAGAUUGCUUCAAGAAACAACAAGUUGCUUUAAAGGAAGAGAAAAAGAAAUAUAAGGAGUUGCAAAAAGAAGUAGAUAAAAUGGCAGCAUUGAUGAAGGAUGCUUCUGAUGAUGAAGAAGAGGAAUCAUCAGAAGAAGAGGAACCAGAAGAAGAAGAAUCAGAAGAAGAAAGUAGCGAAUCUGAAGAAAGUGAAUCAGAGAGUGAAAGUGAAAGCGAGGAUGAGGAUGCUACAGAUGAACAAAAGAAGAAAAUGCUUGAAACAAGAGCAAAACGGCAUGAGGGCAUCUUGAAUGCUCUGAAGAAAGGAAACUAUUUAUUAAAAGCUAAUGUAGAUCGACAAAGAGAUGACCUUAAUAAGCAAAGAGAAAUGUCUAUAACUCUACAAGAAGAUUUAAAUUCGGUUCUUUCUGAACUUGGCUGAUCCUUACUUUACAUAUCAUAAAAAAUAUAAAUUAUAUUAAAAUCUAGGCUUUAGCAUAACCAUUUAAAGUGCAAAUAUGUUACAAGUA